AAAACAAAGAAAACAAUGAUUUCCUCUGCUUCCAUGUUUGCUUCUCUCGCACCAUAUAUAGCUUCCGCAUUACUUCUCUUCCUCCUCCUCGAACAACUCUCCUACCUUAUCAAAAAACGUAACCUCCCUGGCCCUCUCUUCGUCCCUCCGCUCAUCGGCAACGCCGUCGCUCUGGUCCGUGACCCCACUUCCUUCUGGUACAAGCAAUCCUCAACCGCGGGAAACUCUCCUGGCCUUUCAGCCAACUACCUCGUCGGGAGAUUCAUCCUCUACAUCAGAGACACAGAGCUCUCCCACCAAGUCUUCUCCAACGUUCGUCCCGAUGCCUUCCACCUCGUCGGACAUCCCUUCGGCAAGAAGCUCUUCGGUGAUCACAACCUCAUCUACAUGUUCGGCGAGGAUCAUAAGUCCGUUCGCCGCCAGCUUGCUCCCAACUUCACACCUAAAGCACUCUCAACCUACACUGCUCUACAGCAACUAGUUAUCCUCCGUCAUCUACGCCGGUGGGAGGAAUCUUUCUCCGGCGGCGGAACUCGUCCCGUGGUUCUACGAAACCUCGUCCGUGAACUCAACCUAGAAACUUCUCAGACAGUUUUUGUCGGACCGUACCUUGACAAAGAAGCAAGAGACAGGUUCCGUAAAGAUUACAAUCUCUUCAACCUCGGAUCCAUGGCUCUUCCGAUCUAUAUCCCGACCAUUCUCAAUCACUCUCACCGGUCACAAAAAAAAAAACAUAAAAACAAAAAAAGAAGAAGAAAAGUUCUAAUGGCUGCCUCAACCAUGGCUCUGUCCUCCCUCGCCUUAGCCGGAAAGGCUGUGAAGCUCUCACCAGGAGCCUCCGAAGUGUUUGGAACCGCCCGUGUCACCAUGCGCAAAACCGUCAAACCCACCGGUCCAUCAGGCAGCCCAUGGUACGGAUCCGACAGGGUUAAGUACUUGGGUCCAUUCUCCGGCGAGCCCCCAAGCUACCUCACCGGAGAGUUCCCCGGUGACUACGGAUGGGACACCGCUGGUCUAUCCGCUGACCCGGAGACCUUUGCAAGAAACCGUGAGCUAGAAGUUAUCCACUGCAGAUGGGCCAUGCUUGGAGCCCUAGGAUGCGUUUUCCCUGAGCUAUUGGCUCGUAACGGAGUGAAGUUCGGAGAGGCUGUUUGGUUCAAGGCCGGUUCGCAGAUCUUCAGCGAAGGAGGGCUCGACUACUUGGGCAACCCGAGCUUGGUCCACGCUCAGAGCAUCUUAGCCAUUUGGGCUACUCAGGUGAUCCUCAUGGGAGCUGUUGAGGGUUACAGAGUCGCUGGAGACGGACCAUUGGGAGAAGCAGAGGACUUGUUAUACCCAGGUGGUAGCUUCGACCCAUUGGGCCUCGCUGCUGACCCAGAAGCGUUCGCGGAGUUGAAGGUGAAGGAGAUCAAGAACGGAAGGUUGGCUAUGUUCUCCAUGUUUGGAUUCUUCGUUCAGGCAAUCGUUACCGGAAAGGGACCGUUGGAGAAUCUCGCUGACCAUUUGGCUGAUCCAGUCAACAACAACGCAUGGGCUUUCGCCACCAACUUCGUCCCCGGAAAGUGAGCGAGUUGAAGCUUAGCAAGAGAAAGAGAGUUCGUUUGUGAUGUUUCUUUUAAGUAAAUUUGUGAAAUUUCCAUUGUCGUACCAUUGUAUUAUUUAUCAGACAUUGAACCUCUUUUUCUCAA